AUGGCGCGGGCUGUGGACCGGGGGUGGGGCGGCGGUCCACCGGUCCAUGGUGGACCGGGGGAGGCGCUGGCUGCUGCGUGGACCGAGUCCACGUGGACCGGCCGCACGAGGCGCUGGGCCGCGGUCCACCGUGUACCGCGCGCCGGUGCAGGGGCGGGUGCGUGUGCAGGGGCGCCGGCGGGCGGCGGUGCUGCAGGGCACGGGGGAGCGUGCCGAGGGCACGGGCGGGGUCGGCGCGACACGACGAGCGCGAUGGCGAGCUCACCUCCGCGAACCGACGAAGUCAAAGAGAAGCUCGACGGCGGCAGUUUCGACGGCGGCGGCGCGAGCUUGGCGAGAACGGUGGCGGCGCGGAUUUCGAAGCUAGGGUUCUAG